AUGGUUGAACAAAUUUCAAUUGAGAUUGAAGACGAGUCCAUCACGCCAUCUCAAGAAACCGUCAAAGUCGAAACCGAGUCGACACAACCCGUUAGUGUUGAGGUGGAAGACGAAGAAAUGAAGGACGACGACACAAAGGAUGAAGAAAAGAAUAGCAAAGUUCUGAAGGAUAAGGUCGGGCCCGUUAACGGUACCAACAACGAACAAGAGGAAUCAGAUUCCUCUGAUGAGCAGCAAAUGUCACUACCAAUAUCCAAGAUCAAAAGAAUAUUCAAAAUGGAUCCUGAUUACAUUGGGUCGACAAAAGGUGCAGUUUACGCAACCGGAUUGGCCACAGAGUUAUUUGUGCAAUACUUUGUCGAACAAGCAAGUCUCUUGGCCAAAAUGGAUAAGCGAAAAAAGAUCCAGUAUAAAGACUUUGCAAAUGCUGUGAGCAGUCACGAUUCCUUAAAUUUCUUGGGCGAUACGGUGCCGAGGACAAGUCCAGUUGGUGAGUUGGUGAAGAAGAAACAAAUAAACAUCUUAGAGGCAGAAGUGGUUUCGGCUAGCGCAGAUAACAACAUUAUCAGCGCCACCACCAAUGAGAACAACAACAACAACAACAACAAUAAUAAUAAUAAUAAUAAUAAUAUCAACAAAAAAAAUAGCAACCAUGACGAUCCAAACAAUCAAGGUGAUGGAAAUGCAUACCAGAGAACCAAGGCUAACCUGCGACCAGAACCCAUAUUACCCAAGGGCCAGCAAAUUCUAAAUUUCCAACCUGCAAAGGUCGAAAAACUGAGAAAACCGCCACUUUUGAAUGACCUAGUUUUACAAGAAGAAGAAGAAGCAGAAGAGAAUCAGGAUGUAGUUAUGAAAGAAUGA